AUGCCUGUCCAUGCCCACUACAACAUCGACAAUAACUACAGAAUCGAUGUACACUCCCACCCAAUUCCCGACCUCUGGCGCAAUGCGCUAAUCGAAGCCGGGAAUCCCGUCAUAAAUGGGACGCUGUGGAAUGAGGGAUUCCCUGUUCCAGAGUGGACCCUCGAUGGCCACAUUGCUAGCAUGGAUGAUUAUGGGCUGAACUACUCGACCUUGAGCAUCACUGCCCCAGGGGUUUCUUUUCUAUCGUCGAAGCCGAAAAGAGCAAAAGGUUUAGCGCGUGCGCCGAAUGAACAGAUGUAUGAGUAUACGCAGGCUUAUCCCAAGCGUCUGGGUGCGUUGUGCGUGCUGCCACUCCCGAAUAUCAAGGAUGCGCUAGUUGAGAUUGAGUACUGCCUCGACACUCUCCACUUCGACGGGAUAGGUCUUUACACCAACUUUGCAGGUCUCUAUCUAGGAGAUAGAAAGCUAGACCCUAUAUUCCAAGCCUUGAACACACGCCGCGCGACUGCAUUCGUCCAUCCCACCACGCCGCGAUGUCAAGACGCCACCCUGGGAUAUCCAGGCCCGCUCACCGAGUACCCAUUCGACAGCAUGCGCGCCAUGGAAAACAUGCUCCUCACAGGACAAAGAGCAGUGUUUCCCAACGUGACUAUGAUCUUUCCUCAUGGGGGUGGUGCAAUGCCGUACCUUGCUGGUCGAAUUGCAGGCGUGACUACGCUUGAUGCUCUCGGGGCGCUGAGUCCCGCGGACACAAUUUCUCAGUUGAAGUCGUAUUACUUUGAUACUGCGUCUGCAUACUCUGCGAUUCAGCUGCAGGCUUUGAAGGCGUUUGGUGGUGUCGGCAGGAUUGUUACGGGAACAGAUUUCCCGUAUGUGCCUACUAAUCAAGCGAAGCCUGGCCUGGAUUCUAUUAAGGCUAAUGGUGGGUUUAGUGCAGAUGAGAUGGCGCGAAUCAAUAAUGGGAAUGCGUUGUCCGUUUUCCCACGAAUUGGGGAGAAAUUGGGUCUGAUGGAGAGUUGA